GUCUUGUUCAACGGUGUGUUGUUAUCCAACGGGAUGAGAACGGAUUUGGUCUGACAGUCAGCGGAGACAAUCCAGUCUUCGUGCAGUCCGUCAAAGAAGAUGGAGCAGCCAUGCGGGCUGGGGUGCAGACAGGUGAUAGAAUUAUCAAGGUGAACGGGACUCUUGUAACACACUCAAACCAUUUGGAGGUGGUAAAGUUAAUCAAGUCGGGUUCCUAUGUAGCUCUCACUGUUCAGGGGCGCCCACCUGGGUCGCCUCAGAUUCCAUUAGCUGAUUCUGAAGUGGAUCUGGCAGCAUUUGGGCAUAUGUCUCCCAUCAUGACAUCUCCCCAUUCACCUGGCACAUCAGGAAAUGCAGAACGGAUUACUAGCCCAGUGCUUGUGGGGGAGGAGAAUAAUAUUGUCCACAACCAGAAGGUGGAGAUUCUGAGAAAGAUGCUACAGAAGGAGCAGGAGCGGCUGCAGUCACUGCAAGAAGAGUAUAGCCGAUCACCCACCACACGACUGCUCAAAGAGAUACAGGAAACGAAGAAGCACAUUCCUCAGCUGCAAGAGCAGUUGUCCAAAGCCACAGGCUGUACUCAGGAUGGAAUCUUGUCCUCCAGGUCUGUGACGGAAUCGCUGCAGAUCAGUGAAGUGGAGGCAGAGAGUGGGGAUUGUGUGAGCAAACUGGAUUACAGUGGUGACAGCCCUUCCCGACCAAACAGUGACAUUGCUGAUAGUCCUCGCAGUGGCUUGAAGGAGCGGAUUUGUGCAGAUGAGAGCCCAGAAAAGACUGAGGUUCAAGAUACUGAUUCCCAGUCCAGUGUUGGAAGUCCUUUAUCCCGAGUUGGGCCUCAGAUCAUUGGAGCAGAGGAUGACGACUUUGACACUGAACAGGAGCAGAUUAAUGGACAAUGCAGCUGUUUCCAAAACAUUGAGCUCCUGAAAUCCCGCCCAGCUCACCUGGCUGUUCUUCUGCAUCAUGUGGUGUCCCAGUUUGACCCUGCAGCAUUGUUGUGCUACCUUUACACAGACUUGUACAAGCAGACCAACUCCAAAGAGACUCGGCGUGUCUUCCUUGAGUUUUACCAGUUCUUCUUGGACCGAGCUGCAGUAAGUUCCAGUUGUUUCUCUCAUUUUCAAGCAUAUCUAGCAAAUUGACUUUUACCUUUCUCCACUCCUGAACUGGAAAAAACGAAGAAGUUAUUUAA